AUGAGAAACCUCUCAGGAGCAUUAUUGGAUGAAUUACAAACACCAUUAAGAGGUGGUAAUCCAGCAGCAGUAGGCUUACUCAACACAUUAAUUGAGGGUAGAAAUAGAUCAAAAUUACUCUUACAAGGUUUAAAAUCAGAUGACGAAAAUAAGCAAAUGGAAAGUCUUUUAGAGGUUUGUGACCUUUUAUCAAUUGCAACCGAAGAAACUAUUGCAGGUUUCCCAAGUGAUUCAUUUGCACCAGCAUUAAUAAAUCUUUUAAAUAUGGACCAUAACCCAGAUAUGAUGUUGUUAGCUGGAAGAGCACUUUCAAAUAUGAUCGAAGCUUUACCAAGUAGUAUUUCGUCUGUUGUCAACCACGGUGCCGUUAGUAUCUUAUGUUCAAAAUUAUUAUCGAUCGAAUAUAUUGAUCUUGCCGAACAAUGUCUUCAAACCCUUGAAAAAAUUUCACAAGAACAACCUACUGUAGUUUUACGUGCUGGUGGUUUAAUGGCAACUCUUUCUUUUAUCGAUUUCUUUUCUACUGGUGUUCAAAGGAUGGCAAUUACUACUGCAUCAAAUAUAUGUAGACAAGUACCAAAGGAUUGUUUUGACAUGGUUAGAGAACCAAUUCAAAUUUUAACAAAUUUAUUACAGUAUCAAGAUCAAAAAGUUGUCGAGCUAUCAUGUUUAUGUUUUUCAAGAUUAAUAGAAAGUUUUUAUGAUUCUCCACAAAAAUUAGAAAUUAUUGCAUCACAUGGAUUAAUAUCAAAUCUUGUUAGGAUUAUAUCUGGAAUGUAUAAUAGCACCACAUCAUUAAGUCCAAAUACCUAUUCUCAAAUCAUUCGUAUUAUGGCUACCGUUUGUCAUGGUUGUCCAAAUAUUACUCAAACUUUAUUAGAAGAAGGUAUUAUAAGUAUUAUCCAAUCAAUAAUGUAUCCAUCAAAUGAUAAUGCCAAUGGCAGCAAUUCAAAUGUAAAUAGAAAUAGUCAACAAUGUUAUGAAGUACUUUCACUUAUCAAUGAGUUGUUACCACCAUUACCACAAGAGUUUGCAAAUCUUUUAACCCCAAACCGUUCAAUUCCAAAUUCUUUACAAAGCCCAGAAUUAUUAAAAACUUUAGGUGAAGAUUUAUUUGUAGUUUUAGUUGAAAUGUUUACAUCAAAUGUCAACACAUCAGUUCGUUAUAAAAGUUUAGGUUGUAUUUGUAAAGUGCUUUAUUAUUCAUCAUCCGAACAAAUCAAAGAUCUCUUAAAAGAAUUUGCAUUCUCUAGCUUUUUAGCAAGUCUUUUAGGUAGUCGUGAUAUGAUUAUUGUCGCCACUGCCAUUAAAAUAGUAGAACUCAUGAUGGAAAGAUUACCAGUUAUUUUUGAUCGUUAUUUUAAACGUGAAGGUGUAGUAUAUGAAGUUGACAGAUUAUCAAAAUUAGAACAACCCUCACCACCACAAAUUCCAUCAUCAUUAUCAACAUCAAGCUCAUUACCAUCAACUCCAUCAUCAGCCUCAACUGCCACAUCAACCACCACUACAAUUAUUCCAACUACACAAGAGGAACUUAAAUCAUUUGUUUGUAAAGAAGCCAAAAAGCUUAAAGAUACAUAUUUCCCUAAAUUACAAACUAUGAUGGGCGCAACUAAUGAAAAUUUUUCAACUAAAGAAUUAUCAAUUUUAAAGAACUUAAGUCAGAAAUUAAAUAAAUGUGAAAAAGAAGAAGGUGUUGAAAUUUUAGAAGAAAUUAAGAGUCUUUUGAUUGACACUGAAGGUAUCUCUGCAUUCGAGUUUUUACACAGUGAUUUAGUUGGUAGUAUACUUAAUUAUCUUACUCGUGGUAAUAUCAAAAAGCAUGCUGAAUGUUUUGCUAAAGUAUUUUUAGUUCCUUACCAAAAGAGUGGUGCUUCUUCUAUGACUCCAUUGAAAACUUCCUCACCAAAUCCACUUUUGCUCUCUUUAUUAAUCGAAAAGCUUCAUGAUGCUUUAAAUAAAGUCGAACGUUUCAAUAUCAACAUUAGUGAUGUCUCUGGAACAAGUUCUGGUCUCAAAUAUUUAACCCAACCAUUUAAAUUAAAACUCCAAAAAGAAGGUACCGACCCAAACUUAAAAGAUUAUUCUGGUAAUAUUGUUUUAAUAGAACCUUUAGCAAAUAUAACUGCAAUCGAGGAAUUUUUAAAUUCAAAAGUUAUUGUUACACCAAAUUUAGCCAGUGCUGUUCCAGCCUCAUUAUCUUGCACAACAACAACUGUAGGAUUAACAACAACUACAUCAAAUACUAAUAAAGAUGGAACAACAGAAAAACCAGUUGAAAAAGAGAAAGAUAGCAUUAUGGAUGAAGAUGACGAAGAUGAAGAAGAUACACCACCAACUGCAAACACAUCACCAACUGCAUCAACAUCAACUACAGCAACAGGCUCCACAACAAAAACCCCAUCAAAAUUGGGUAUUUUUGUUGAUGGUCAAAGACUCACCAACUCAAUUACAAUUUUCCAAGCUGUUCAAAGAAUUGCACGUGUCCAACAAAUAGCAACACUUAAUAGUAAUAAUAACAACAAUAAUAACAAUGAUUAUGAAAGUAGUUUAAAUGUUCAAACCAAUAGAUUGUGGGACUCAACACAUCCACCAAUUAGAGAAUUAGGUUCAUCAAAAUUAAUCGACUUUUUAACUGACGACCAUUCAUUCCAAUUAACUAGCAACGAUACAGCAACCUAUGAAAUUUUAUCAUUAUUAAGAUGCCUCUAUAUGUUUAAUUUAGACCCAGCCAGCGUAAAUGCAGGAUCAAUUUUAUCAAAUUCAUCAAUGAUUCUCUCAUCAGCAUCACUCUUCACCAGUGAAAGAUCAUUACUCAAUGCAUCAGAAUUUAUUUCACAAAAACUAACUGCUAAAAUUAUGAGACAACUUCAAGAUCCAUUGGCACUUUGUGGUGGUGUUUUCCCAGAUUGGUGUAAACAAUUAUUAAAUAGCUGUUCAUUCCUUUUCCCAUUUGACUGCAAGAGAUUAUUCUUUUAUUCAACCUCAUUUGGAAUAGCCAGAGCUCUUUCCACCCUUCAACAAAGACAAGAUCUCAUUAGACAAACAAAUGGUAGUGCAGUAUCGAGCAAUAAUGACAGAGGUGGAGAUUUCCGUGUUGGUAGAAUCCAAAGACAAAAAGUUCGUAUAUAUAGAAAUAAAAUUUUAGAAUCUGCAAUCAAAGUUAUGGAUCUAUAUGGUAAAUCUAAAUCAAUGUUGGAAGUUGAAUAUUUCGGUGAAGCUGGUACAGGUUUAGGUCCAACUCUUGAAUUCUUUACAUUAGUUUCAAAAGAAAUUCAAAGAAAAGAUUUAAAUCUAUGGUAUACAGAUAAUACUACAACCACAACUACAACAAUAAUUUCAGAACCUGAAAAAAUGGAAAUUGAUUCAUUAUCAUCACCAUCAUCAUCAAAAACACCAACUACACCAACAACAACAGAAAUUAUUCAUGAAUAUAUUUAUUGUCCAGGAGGAUUAUUCCCAAGACCAAUUAAUCCAUCAACUACAAUAGAUAAAAAACUAUUAGAUUAUUUUAAAUUUUUAGGUUCAUUUAUUGCAAAAACAUUCUUUGACCAAAGAUUAAUUGACCUUCCAUUAUCAAAACCAUUUUAUAAAUAUAUGAUCGAACAAGAAUUAGAGUUUGAAGAUCUUCGUCAACUAUCACCAGCCUAUGCCUCAUCAUUAAAUAAUUUAUAUAGUUUAGUAUUACGUAUUAAAGAAAUUAAAUCCAAAUCAGAUCUCAGUGAUACUCAAAAGAAAGAAGAAAUUGAUCAACUCAGAAUCGAAGGUGCAAAAAUUGAAGAUUUGUGUCUUGAUUUUACUUUACCAGGUUUCCAAGGUUGGGAAUUGAAAGAAGGAGGUGAAAAUAUACCAGUCACAUUAGAAAAUCUUGAAGAAUACUUAAAUUUAAUCGUCAAAAACUUUUUAUACGAUGGUGUUAUCAGACAAUUCAAUUCUUUUAAAGAAGGUUUCAAUCAAACAUUCUCAAUUUCAAGUUUAAAACCAUUCACCAUUGCAGAAGUCGAGUCACUUUUAUGUGGUUCAUUAACAGGUAGUGAUAGUGAUUGGAGUAUUGAAUCACUCAUGGAAAGCACCAAAGCUGAUCACGGCUACACUCUUCAAAGCAAAUCAGUUCAAAAUAUUUUCCAAAUUAUGUCAGAAUUCACUCCGGAACAAAGAAAACAAUUCUUAUUAUUUAUUUCCGGUAGUCCACACCUUCCAUUACAAGGCUUUAAAGGUUUAAUUCCACGUCUCACUAUAGUAAAGAAACACCAUUUCCCACCUUUAACUCCUGAUGAUUAUCUUUUGAGUGUUAUGUCUUGCACAAAUUAUAUCAAAUUACCAGAUUAUUCAAACAAAGAAGUAAUGAAAGAAAAACUCUUAUAUGCCAUGAAUGAAGGUCAAUCUUCUUUCCAUCUUUCUUAAAAAAAAAAACAUAAUAAUAAAAAUUAAUUUAUAUUAUGUAUUUAUAACUUUUU